CAAAAUCCUAAAAUCAUUCAUUUUCACUUGGGCGAUAACUUGUAGAAUGUCAUUGGUAAUGUGGAUGAUCUUGAUAAAGGAACAAUACUCGUUGCUAUUUUUCAUCAGACUUCCGAGAUCUCCCUAAAUUCAUUGCUAUUGCUAAACUUCACGGAGAAGGAGAUCGUCUACUUCUGUAAUGGCUCUUAAUCCUAAUCUCUACGGUAACGGGAUGCCCGUAGCUUUCGUCAACGAGAUGUUCGUCUUAAUUAGAGACGGGAUCGAAUUUGAGGUCGACAAGAUCCCCGGGGCCUCUGGAGGAAUUGCCAAAGCAAAGGGGAAAAUAUAUUUGUCAAAUGUCCGCAUGGUGUUUGUUGCUGAUAGACCUACAGGGAAUUUUAUUGCUUUUGACAUGCCCCUGCUUUAUGUUCAUGGAGAAAAAUUUAACCAACCGAUUUUUCACUGCAACAACAUAUCUGGACUCGUGGAGCCUGUAGUCCCAGAUGAUCAACAUAGGGCAUUGUAUUCCACUCACUCUUUCAAGAUCUUGUUUAAGGAAGGAGGGUGUGGAACAUUUGUGCCCCUUUUUUUCAAUCUGAUAAAGUCUGUGAGACAAUAUAAUCAACAAUUCAGUGCUGCAACUGAGCCCCGUGGUGCUGAUCCUUUAAGAGCAGCACAAACACCAGUUGAUGAAAUGAUGAGAUGCGCAUACGUGGAUCCCAAUGAUCCAACAAGAAUCUUUCUGCAGCAGCCAAAUUCAGAAGCACAGCUGAGACGCCGUUCAUAUCAUCCUCAACCUGAGUAAAUCCUAAUCACCAAGCUUCAUGGGAUCUCAUCAUCGUCAAGAUGCAUAUUUCUACUUCUAAAAAUUACAUACGUUUACUUGCAAAGUUCUGUACAUUAUGACUUGAUAAAAGUUGCCACUUCUAUUGAAUGCCUUGUACUGUUCUUUAAAUCGAUUUGGAGACUUUUUCUUGAUCAAA